CAUCACAGGCCUUUGGAAGAGGCAGACGGCUGCUCUACAGGUGGAGAGAAUUUUCCUGACUGACCCAUAUAGGAUGGAUAGGGACAAAGACAAGAUGGCUGAGAGGGUAUUAAAUCUCACCCUAGAGAUACUCUGCCAACUUACUGGAGAGGAUUACACAGUGGUGAAGAAGACCUCUAGUGAGCGCUGUCAGGCCCCUGUGUCUAAAGGAUGGGGAAGAACCCUGAGCCCAAUCACGGGGCCUCCGCCUCACUCCCUGAUACAUGAGGGGUUCAAUGAACAGAAGAUCCUAGAUCUCAUCCACAAGAUGAUUAAGCUGCUGACUGGAGAGGUUCCUAUAAGGUGUCAGGAUGUUGCUGUAUAUUUCUCCAUGGAGGAGUGGGAGUAUGUAGAAGGACACAAGGAUCUGUACAAGGACGUCACGAUGAAGAACCACCAGCCCCUCAAGUCACCAGGUUCCUGCAAUAUAAAAUCAUCUAUUCACCUUACUGACCCAUCAAGAAUGGAUGGGGACAGAGACAAGAUGGCAGAGAAAAUAUUACAUCUCACCCUAGAGAUACUCUUCCAAUUUACUGGAGAGGAUUACACAGUGGUGAAGAAGACCUCUAGCGAGCGCUGUCAGGCUCCUGUGUCUGAAGGAUGGGGAAGAACCUUGAGCCCAAUCACGGGGCCUCCACCUCACUCCAUGAUACAUGAGGAAAUCAAUGAACAGAAGAUCCUAGAACUCAUCCACAAGAUGAUUGAGCUUCUGACUGGAGAGGUUCCUAUAAGGUGUCAGGAUGUCACUGUCUAUUUUUCGGUGGAGGAGUGGGAGUAUGUGGAAGGACACAAGGAUCUUUACAAAGACAUCAUGGUGGAGAACCACCAGCCCCUCAUAUCACUAGUUAGAUCCAGUAAGAGAAGAACACCAGAGAGAUGUCCCAGUCCUCUUCUUCCACAGGCUCAUCAGCUUUUGAAUCGGAGUAAAGAUCAGAACAAUAUUAAUGCUGCAAAGACAUAUGUGAGGGGUGAUGACCGAUGUAAGGAAGACAUUCUUAAAAAGACAUAUUGGGGUGGUGAUGACCAGUGUAAAGACAUUCCUACAGAUAACAGCUCAGAUAACUGUACCAGGAAUACAAAGGACCAUUUCAUAUCUUCAGAUUCUAAAGCCAAUGAUCUUGGUGUCACACAAGACAAAUUUGAAGAGCAUUACAUUAUCCCAGAUGUACCCUCAGCCGUUCACUGCAAAGAUCUAUCAUCUGAUCCUUCUAAACAUCUUAUAUCUUCUGAUUCAUCACAGACUGUUAGGCAAAAUAUAACUCACAGAAAGGGUGUUGUACGUCAAAGAAGUCAGUCAAAGAAAAAGACUUUUUCAUGUUCAGAAUGUGGGAAAUAUUUUCCUUCUAAUUCAGGUCUUGUCAUACAUCAAAGAAGUCACACAGGAGAGAAGCCAUUUUCAUGUUCAGAAUGUGGGAAGUGUUUUACUCAAAAAUUAAAUCUCAUCAUACAUCAAAGAAGCCACACAGGAGAGAAGCCAUUUCCAUGUUUAGUAUGUGGGAAAUGUUUUCCUUCUAAAUCAAAUCUCACCAUACAUCAAAGAAGUCACACAGGAGAGAAGCCAUUUUCAUGCUCAGAAUGUGGGAAAUGUUUGACCAGGAAAUCAGAUCUUGUUGGACAUCAGAGAAUUCACACAGGAGAGAAACCAUAUUCAUGUUCGGAAUGUGGUAAAUGUUUUACUUUGAACUCAAAUCUUCUUCAACAUGAAAGAAGUCACAAAGGGGAGCAGCCUUUUUCAUGUUCAGAAUGUGGGAAAUGUUUUACUCAGAAAUUGAAUCUCAUCAUACAUCAAAGAACUCACACAGGAGAGAAGCCAUUUUCAUGUUCAGAAUGUACAAAAUGUUUUAGCAGGAAAUCAGAUCUUGUUAGACAUCAGAGAAUUCACACAGGGGAGAAACCAUAUUCAUGUUCAGAAUGUGGGAAAAGUUUUUGUGUCAAAUCCAUUCUUGUUACACAUCAGAGAAUUCAUACAGGGAAGAAGCCAUUUUCAUGUUCAGAAUGUGGGAAAUGUUUUACAUUAAAAGCACAUCUUCUUCAACAUGAAGGAAGUCACACAGGGGAGAAGCCUUUUUCAUGUUCAGAAUGUGAGAAAUCUUUCUUACGAAAAGCAUGUUUUGUUGAACAUAAAAAGAUUCACACGGGAUGACAACCUCGGAUUCUGUCCAUGAUGAUCACAAGUUUGUGGCUCUCCAUUACACACCGCCGACCCCCUCUAGGUCGUCCAACCCCUUUGACCCCACUAAAUUGCUUAUUUGGUUUGUUACUGGAUAAACAAUGGUCCCAUUUACACCCACAUUUUUUGAGAGAAACGUUAUUCUUGAGCUGAAGCGGGUGGACUCCCAACUAUUGUUAAAUGGAAGUCCAUAAUCAAUGCUAUAAUACCACUUGAGCAAACCAUCUAUAAAUGCAGAAAAUACCAUAAAGUAUGAGGGGGGCAUAGUGUAGUUAAUCUCUCACUCUAUACUCGCCUCAAACCUUUUAAGUCCAUCAGGACUUCUCUCUCGCACAUCUCAUCCUUGAAGGUGGUGUUCAUCCUCUACUAUAGUCAUCUUGCUAUGUUCAUUCCAAUAUCCACACAUAUGUUGGUUUUCCUACCAUUAUUUCUAUCUACAUUUAUAGGCCUGUGCUCCUGCAUUCCACAUGAAAUCUAUGCUGUGUUUAGCAUACAUAUAUUGUGCAUAUUUGUCUUCUACAGGGGGUACUUGCUUGUGUAAUUGUGCUUGGA